GGCGGGCCGGGGGCUCGUGCUGGUGUUCCAGCGCGCGUUCUUCGCCAUGAGGAGGCUGGACAGUCUACCCAUGGCGGAGUUGGAAGAAAUGUUGAAGACUAGCGAAGAUUCCAUGUUAUUGGAACAAAUUUUGCAGCAGACAGUUCUUCAUCCUGUUUGCAAUGAAUACCCACCUUCAGUGAAGUACAGAAGACUUUUUCUAGCUGAGUUAAUUAAAAAGCAUGAAAUGACAAGUGCUGAGCCAUUAGAUGAUUUGUAUGAUGCACUAGGCGAAGUAUUAAGAUCAGAAGAAUUACAGAUGUGUCACAAGAAUUAUUUCCUGUUGUCGGGAGAGAAUAUAAGACUUGGUGAAAAUGUGGCAAUCAUUUCUGAAGGGACUACAGGUCUGGUCACAUGGGAAGCUGCACUGUUCUUUGCAGAAUGGGCAAUGGAAAACCCCGAAGUGUUUAAUUGCAGCAGGACUGUUUUGGAGUUGGGUAGUGGAUCUGGCCUCACUGGAAUUGCUAUCUGCAAGACAUGUACCCCCAAACAGUACAUAUUCAGUGACUGUCAUUCAAGCGUACUUCAUCAGCUCAGGAAAAAUAUUCUUACUAAUGGUCUCCUACUGGAUUCUGAAUCCUGGAGCUCAAAAGACUGUGAAGUACAGUUGGAGAAUAACAAUGGAUCCGAAGAAAACCAGAGACCAAAAAUCACUGUUGUUGGACUGGAUUGGUCAGAUGCUACUCAAGAACAAGUUACAGAACUUCAGCCAGAUGUCAUUAUUGCCACAGAUGUAGUUUAUGAUCCUGCAGUAUUCCUUUGCCUAGUUUCUAUACUGGAGAAAUUUCUAAUAUCUGCUGAAAAACAGGGAAGUAGUACAGUGGUGUAUCUGGCAUCGACAAUACGUAACCCGGAGACAUAUUAUCAAUUUAAAAUGGAACUUGAUAAAGUUGGAAUUGGACACCAGGUGAUUCCAGGUCCCACCAGAGCAGUGUUUCCUUACGAUAGAUGCACAAAAAUAGAGCUUCUGAAAAUACAUCAUGGAACUGAAAUGUUUGCUGAUCUGACAUGAAAAUAAUUGACAGCUAUAAGAAUUAAAUAAGUUAUGUUCAUAACCUAAA